AUGGGAAUUAUUUGGCUUUUAUCUAGAAGAUUAAUUGAAGAACAACUUUAUAAUAUUUUUCGUAAAAAUCAAAGUUUUAGAUCAUUUAUGCAAAAAGAAUUAGAAAUAGAUGUAGGGGAACAUAAACUAAUGAUUCAAAAAAUAAAUGAAUGGAAUGAAUUGCCAAAACAAUUAAUUCCGGGUGUUUAUAAAGGAAAAGAUUCAACUUCUUUAAAAACUCGAAUAAUUGUUAAUUCAAUGAAUUUACUUUUUAUUUUUAAAAGACUUAAUAAAGAAAAUCAUAAAAUAGAUAAAGAUUAUGGGCCUAUUUGGGAAGAAAUUGAACAAAAUAAUCUUGAUGAAAAUAAUGAAAAUAGAACAAAUGAAGAAGAAAUUAAUGUAAGGAAGGAAAUUGAAAACAAUUCUUUACCAAAAGAAAUUGAAAAACUUAUAUAUGAACAAUACAAAUCGUUGAAGAAUAAUAAACAAAAAGAAAAUGAAAGAAAAUUGGUGAAAAGGAAGUUUCCGGGGAUUAAUAUUAAAAAGAAAAUAAAGAAAGUUAAAAGUAUUUUUUCAAAAGCUUUUGGCAUUAAAAAGAAAAGUCGAAAAAGAAAAAUUCUAAAAAGAAAAAUUCCAAAAACAAAUUCUUUAUCUAAUAAAGAAUGGAUGAAAUUAAUUGAAGAAAGAAUUAAAAAUCCAAAUAAAAUUAAGGAAAUUAAAUCUGAUCAACCAAAACAGCCAAAAAAUAAUAAUAAAGAAAAAGAAAAUGAACACCAUAAUUCAAAUGAAGAUAACGCAGAAAGUAAUAAUAAUAAUGAGAUUAAUAAAAUACAAAAGAAAAAAAGAAUUAUACAUCAUGGAGAAAUUGAAGAGGAAAUAAGUGAAGAAGAGGAAGAAGACGAAUUCAAGCUACAACACAGAAGCCGAAGGAAUAAAAUUGAAAAAGCCGUUGAUAACCCCGAAACAAGCCAAACUAAGCAAUUAAAGUUUUCUCCACCCCAAGAUGGUUAG